CAUAAUAGCAACCUACAUUAUUCGUGGAGGGAAUUUCGGCUGCCAAGUUUCUCUCGCCGCCAUGAUCCGUUAUGUUGCCGCAUCUCUUCUCAUCGGUCUGUCUUUUGGACAGCGCCAAAACUUUACGUUUCAAGACUGUGGUAGCAAGGCAAAAAUUCAAGUGGCCCAGAUCGAACCAUGUGACUCCGACCCAUGCAUCCUCAAGCGCGGUUCUACAAGCAAGCUCCACUUUUCAAUCAUAGCAGACCAUGACAGCGAAACUGCAGUGCUCGACGCCAGGUUCAAGUGGUUCGGCAUGAUGGUGCCAAUCCCGGGGCUGGAGAGGGACUUGUGCAAGAGCCUAGUGCAGUGUCCCAUUGUCAAGGGGGAAGAGUACAGCGGCACAAUGGAAAUGCCCAUCCCCUCCUUCGCGCCCCCCAUGAAAAGUACGGUCCAGCUCAAGAUAAUCGGUGAUGAUGGCGUGAGCGUCUGCAUCAGGACCACUAUCGUCACUGAGUGAACAAGAAAAUGCUCGCUCUUCACACGAAGUGGGACGCCGUGUCAAAAGUUCGACAGAAAGGAAUCAACAUCGACGUGCACUGAAUUCCUUCGCCACAAUUUUUCUGGAUUUGUGUGUAGUCUUUUCAUAUAAGGCACCACUGUGUGGGCCGAAUAGUCAGCCAUAAUAACCAUACCCGUGGGCAUCCUCGUCGCUUAUAAUAAAGAUCCUUGAGGAAGACUAUGCCCCAUUUACUGAAAACCUCAAGGAUAACAUCCGCCAAGGACACUCUGUUGCACUGAGCAGCUGCCAGAAAAAAGAGCAAGGAACUAAUUUGCGGUUCACUUCCCGUAGCGAAAGGAAAAGUUAUAUUCGCAAUCGCAUACGUAGUUGAGUUGCCAUCAUUCCCGAAUUUGGCGGGACAAUCCCGAGAUUUGAGCAAAAAUUCCGACUCCCGACUUCAAGUGGUAAUGGCCACAUGACCCGAAUAUUUUUUUUCUCUUCUGAAUAACAGUCAAAUUUCUUUUUGCAUAUAUAAUACCUGACAGCUCAGUUGCAGAUUGCAGUUGCAGUUGCAGUUGCAAUUGCUCUUUUGUGUUCUGUAGCACUGUCAUAAGCAUAAAGGCGGUUUAGUUGUUGUCAUAGUUAAAGUUCUGUUGCAAACAUUACUGUUCACAAUUCCUCUGCCUGCAUUGACAGCCUUGUUAGACAGGCAGCUACUGCACCUUUCUUGAUGUAAAUCACGAUAUGGUGUGAUGAAAGAUGUGUGGAACUUUGUUGCACGUGAAGCUAGCCGCCCUUGCACUGGUAGGAUCAGUCGUCGCCAGCCUAUCCCCGAGAGGUGGCAACCAUAAUACAUGGUGAUGUAGGCCCACAUAAGCACAAAAAUAUGUUGCCGUCAUUCCUUACGCACACAGUUUUUCUUCUGAUCAGAAAAACGUCUUGACGUGCUACGAAGUUAAAACAGCGUUCAUCGCGCCAAAUAAGCUAUCCAAUUUGGGCCUGCGUGUUAGAAAAAAAAAUAGAAGAGCUUCGGUUGUUCAUGUAACGAGCGCUGUUGUGGAAACAUGAGUUUCCCACAGAAUUUUCUAGGCAGAACUACGCUACUAUAGUGCCUACGGGACUUGCACGUAUGACGGUUGAGCCCGCAUGAAAACGAUUUGUAGUACAUGGAUUUACCUAAAUUUCGUCCUUCUGGCUUCAGACCCGUUGUGAUUUUAGAAAUUGGUCAUUUUCAAUAAAAUACAGCCUUUGUAGCUGCAACAAUUUGUAAUAAUUACGCAUUCGCUCAUGACUUAUCGCCUCGCUGUGUGUAAAAAAACUACGAGUUAAAGCGUGGUAGAUAACCUCUCAAGAGAGAGAAAGCGAGGACAGGAAAGGCAGGGAGGUCAACCACAAGAGCACUCAGUUUGCUACCCUACACUUGGGGUGGGGGAAAGGGGAAUAGAAAGAGAACGUUUGAAGGUACAGCUAGGAGGAUUAGGCAAAUUCGUGUACUAAACAUAAUUACCGUUGUAUAGCUGACCAACGCAGCACCAGCGUUAGGCAACUCUGUGAACGAAUCACGCGCACGUAGUAGCACAAUCCGUGCAAGAUUGUUGUGGUUGUCUUGCACAGAUGAAGACAUGCAUAUCUGGGGAAAAAGUGGCAGAUGCUUAAGUAAUGGACUCCUCGCAUUAAAUUACGUCCCCUUGCAAGGCUUUGUUUACGCCCGCUUGGCUGCUCACUGCAGGACGUCUUGCUGCAGACACGUCUUAACCAACACCCGCACCCUAGCGAGAGAUAGUACUCUAGCUAAGUGAGAAAUAAUUGAGGCCUUUCAGGUAUAAACGCUGGCAGAUGCAUGACUUAGUCUGUAUUUUAACGACGGAAAAAUAAUAUUUUUAUAUAUGCAGCAGAACUCGCGCGACUAUCUAAUAAACGUUUCGCCUGGUGGGUUGUUCUACAUCUGUAUAUAUGAUUUCUUAUUUUCUUGUUGUUUUAGUAUCGAGUGGGGCUUGAAGAGAUGGCUUCCUAUAUU